GUUAAUAAAUUUCUAUGCGCUAUAGUUUUAGCUGUCUUAUGUCAUGCUUCAAUAUUUUCUAGUCUAAAAAUUAAAAUAUAUGUUAAAUUCUAUUUAUAUUUUAGGUUCAGAGUCAUGUUCCUUAGAUGCAACCGUCCACUACAGCUGGGACUUUGCACAGCAGGUUCAUAUUCCACACCAUAGCCAACAGGUUGGACCCCUGUAUUUCAAAACUGCCGGAGGAGAUGUGAGGUAUUUGGAGUUUGCUGUGAAGGAUCUGAGAAACAGGUGUUUUGCCUGGGUGAGGCACAUGCUCAGUUCCACUUUGACAAUUGCCAAGGACAACAAAAAUAAUGCCGUUCUUGGUUAUGCUGUGUGGAGAACAUUGACAGGAGGGCAUAAGACAAUCCAAUACUCACUGAUGCUAGCCGGCCACACCAAAUUUUCAUGCGACUGGCAUUUUGGAGUUUGGAAAAACAGAAUGAGAUACAUGGAUGCAGAGACAGUUGAGGAGGUGGCUUCCACAGAAGCCAUGUCAUCCCGUAAUGGCCACAACAUUCCACAUAUUGUUGAUGGCAACAGCAAACAAGUGUCGUUCUAUGACUGGAGCACCUUCUUCAAAGGCAUUUUCAAACCAUUGAAGAACAUUUCGAAAUACCAUUCAUUUGAGGUGUCUUCUAACGAGCCUGGGGUUUUAAGAGUAAGGAAGUUUGUUGAUGCCCCUGGGGAGAAAAUUAACAUACUGAAAAACUGCCAAGUGGAUAUUGGUGUUCUGCCAGAGCAGAUCUUUGGUGAGGGAAUAAGUGCAGAAAGGCAAUGGUACUUGCAUGAUGUAAAAAGAGACUUUUGCAGAUCAGAUAAUGCAAAAAACACAACAUACCCAUUGCCAUUAGUUGCAAAAGAAGGCUAUUCAAAGGCCAAAAAACAAAAGUUGAAAUAGGCAACUUUAUUGAGAACACUUUCUGUGUGUGUUUCAGCAAAAGUUAUAGUUUGUUUCUUGCUAUAAAUAUAUUGGCAUGUGUAAGUGGAAGUUUUAUGUUUUCAUUUACAUUCAAAGAAUAUAUUUCUUUGUGUUACAUUGAUAAAAUAUUCAUGAUCUUAGGAAUGUAUGGUUUCCUUGGCAACCAAAAGUAACACACUUGAUUGAUCAUUAAAUACUUAUGUAUAAACAUGUAUUUCAUUUAUGGGAAUAUCAUUGAACAGUCGGCCAUCUAUAAGUAAAGUAUGAUGGCAUUCAUAUUUUCCAUACACGACUGCAGUAUAAUGUGAAAGUGUACAUUUAUAAGUCUAUAUGUUAAUAGUUAUACAUUAAUAUAGUUUCAAUAAUCCUUGCAUGCAUAUGUUUGUUGUCAAUUUUGUCAAAUAAGGCAUGUGUCAAUGCUUUCCUUGUAAAUACAUUUCAUUCUGUGUCAUCUUACAACUCCAAAAGAAUGAAAUGAGCAAAAAAAAAGAAUUAUUCUAGGUAUAAGUCAGUUGCUAUGGCAACCAAGUUUAACAUUCUUAUUGAUUUUAAAAAUAAUUGAUUUCACCAGACAAGUUACAUCUUUUAAAUAAUUGCUUGUUUUAAAAUAAUAUGUUUUUUGUUUUGAUUAAUACAAGGAUAAGCUGCACUACUUUUGAACAAUUAACCUUGUUUUAGAAAAGUGGCAGAUUUUCUUUACAGGGUCUAUGUAAAAUUGCUGUUAACAUUCUAUUUUACUACAUAGCUGGCUGAAAUUUUAAUGCUGUACUAAAAUAUUUCCUGCAAACAUAAUCUAUCAAAUUCAAAUGUGAUUUUGUCUAUUUGAGCUGCUUUUGCGUUUAUUUGGAUAAAUUUCUCGUGAAAAAAUUGUAGUCAUGGCAACCGUUUCUAUGAAAUGUACAUGUAGUGUUAUAUUUUCCAUAAAUGAUGUUAUUGAUGUUAUGAUAAUGUUUCCACAGAAAUAAAAAAUGCUGUAUUCAAUUUUAAUGGAAUACAGACUCUUAAAAUCAAGGACGUUGUAUUUACUUAUGUUUCCAUUUCCUUCAUUUUUUUCGCCAUUUUAUAACAAAUAGUGGUAUUGCGAAAUUUGUCCUCAAUCCGUCAAUUUUAAAGAUAUCAGCUUUAAACUUCACGACUUUAUUUCUGAAACAUAGCACAUUCAGAAAAUGUAAAAACCUGAAAAUGUCAUUUUUCCUCAUUAGGACCCAUUUUCGCAGACUUGGUCACAUAUAUAUGCUACUCAUUUGCAAAAUAUUAUAGGUUGCUACUGACAUCUUAUAGGCAACCAAUGGUGCAUGGCUAUUAAAUUCAAUUUCAUAAUUGUUAAAAAAAUACGAUUAAUUUACGUCGAAAAGUGUUGUGAAUGUCUGUACUAUUUUCUGUACGAAGUUGAUUAUGGCUGUGCCUUCGUGAAUAAUUUCUGGAUUAGUAGUAAAUCCAGUUAUGUCGUUAGCAAAUGAUUGUGAUGAUGAUGUAGAUGUUUACCUACGUCUUUAUAUAUUACUUUAUGCUGAUGACACAGUUAUUCUCGCCGAAUCUCACGCCGACUUGCAAGCGGCAUUGAAUGCCAUGCUAGAAUAUUGUAAUAUGUGGGAUUUAAAAGUUAAUCCUAGUAAAACUAAAGUUAUUGUUUUUUGUAAGUCUAAAAGAACAUUACUGAAAGAACAGGAUUUCUACUAUGAUGGCGCGAAAGUAGAUAUUGUUGAUGAGUUUGCGUAUCUUGGUGUUAUGUUUAGCUACAAUGGUAAAUUUACUAAAACUAAAAAACUUUUGGUAGAUCAAGCUCGUAAAGCAAUGUAUGCACUAAUAAAGAAAUCUCGUAAACUUAACUUAGCUUACUCUUUACAAUUGUAUUUGUUUAAUUCAAUGAUUGUACCAAUAUUAUUAUAUGGUUCAGAGGUAUGGGCUAUGGAGGAUCUUAAGAUAUUAGACCAAUUUCAGUUAAAAUAUUGUAAACUCAUUUUAAAUUUAAAACUGUACCCCUAAUUGUAUGAUUUAUGGUGAAUUUGGUUUAAAACCAAUUUCUAUACAAGCUAAAACUAGGCUUUUGACCUUUUGAUGUGAGCAGCAGCAAAAUUAGUCACUUAUUGUAUAAUACUGCAUAUUCUUUGCACAAUGAUGUUACCUCUGGCUUGUAGUUCCCAUGGCUUUCCUUUGUUAAGAAUUCUUUAAAUGAUUUAGGAUUAAGUAUGUACUUUGAUUUACAUCAGGUUAAUAGUGUUAUUGUUUUUAAAAAUAUGGUUAAAAACAGAUUAUCUGACCAAUUUAUUCAAAAUUGGUAUAGUAUUGUUUCAAAUUCACCAAAAUGUCAAAUGUAUAAAGUAUACAAAAAAGAUUUUGGGUUUGAAAGCUAUAUUGAUAUACUACCAAAGAAUCUUUCAUUGUAUUUGCUUAAAUUUAGAAUUAUGAAUCACAAAUAUUUCCUAUUGAAGUAGGGCGUGGUCAAAAUGUUGAGAGAUUUCGUAGAACAUGUCAUUUGUGUAGUAGUAAUAGUUUAGGUGAUGAAUUUUAUUAUUUGUUUGAAUGUCAACAUUUUUCAGACGAUAGAAAGAAAAAUAUUAAAUUGUACUUUUGUCGUAACUCUAAUUGUAUUAAGUUAGAUCAAUUAAUGAACAGUAAAAACAAAAAAGAACUUUUUAAACUGGC